AUGGCGUUGAAAUCUUCAAAUCUCUGUAAGAGAAACCCUUUUAUGAUUCUCUGUGCAAAGAAUCUCAAUUGUUUUAAGGUAAUGGGGAAUAGUGUCAAGUUCGAGGGCGUAAGAGAGGAGGUGCAGAAGAUUCUGGAUGCUGACAUGGAACAGGUGGGGCCCAGGCGCCAUGCCCGUGAGGCCUUCAAGGACAUUCAGCUGUCUAUUGAUCAUAUCUUGUUCAAGAUGCCACAUGAAGGAUUGAAGAUGACAGAGUCAUAUGAAGUAAAUUCUAGGGGGUUGGAGAUUUUCACGAAAAGUUGGCUUCCGGAAAGCAUAUCCUUGAAAGGAAUCAUUUGUCUUUGUCACGGUUAUGGAGACACCUGCACCUUUUUCCUUGAAGGCAUUGCCAGAAAAUUAGCGACUUCUGGUUAUGGAGUAUUUGCGAUAGACUUCCCAGGAUUUGGUCUGUCUGAAGGCUUGCAUGGAUAUAUUCCAAAUUUUGAUAAUGUAGUGGAUGAUGCUAUCGAGCACUUCUCGAAAGUCAAAGAAAACCCGGACCUCAGUAAUUUGCCGAGUUUUCUGUUUGGAGAAUCCAUGGGGGGAGCAGCAGCUCUUAAAAUCCACCUGAAACAACCGGAUUCUUGGAAUGGUGCCAUUCUUGUUGCUCCUAUGUGCAAGAUAGCGGAUGAUAUGGUUCCCCCGAGGUUAGUGACCCAACUUCUAAUUGGAUUGGCGAAAGUACUUCCAAAAUCAAAACUCGUUCCCCUAAAAGAUUUUGCUGAGUUAGCAUUCAGAGACCCGAAGAAGAGAGAACAGACAUCCUAUAACGUUAUAGCGUACAAGCACAAACCACGCUUGGGAACGGCUGUGGAGCUAUUGAGGACCACAAAAGAUAUUGAGCAGAAACUAGAAAAGGUUUCUCUGCCAUUAUUGAUCUUGCACGGCAGAGAAGACAAAGUGACGGACCCAUCAGUGAGCAAGGCAUUGUACGAGAAGGCGAGCAGCCGAGACAAGAAACUUAUCCUCUAUGACGGUUCUUAUCAUGCCCUUCUCGAGGGGGAGCCAGACGAGGUUAUACUCAGGGUGUUUGAGGAUAUUAUUUCUUGGCUUGACAAGCAUUGUUAA